UCAAGCUUUGUAACACAAGGCUCGAAGAUGACGAACUCCAAGGGUUACCGCCGCGGCACCAGGGACUUGUUCGCUCGCAGGUUCCGCACACAUGGAACUAUUCCGCUCUCCACGUACAUGAAAGUGUACAAAGUUGGAGACAUUGUAGACAUCAGAGGCAAUGGUGCAGUUCAAAAGGGUAUGCCACACAAAGUAUACCAUGGAAAGACAGGUCGCGUGUACAACGUGACUGCUCAUGCUCUCGGUGUGAUUGUCAACAAGCGUGUUCGCGGAAGGAUUAUACCGAAGCGCAUCAAUAUCCGUGUUGAGCAUGUCAAGCACUCCAAGUGCAGACAAGACUUCCUUAAGAGAGUCAAAGAGAAUGAGAGGCUACUGAAGGAAGCCAAGGCUGCCGGCAAGACCGUCAACCUGAAGAGACAGCCAGCUCCCCCUAAAGCUGCCCACAUCGUCAGUGGAACUGAGAAACCCGUCUUACUUGCGCCUAUCCCAUACGAAUUCGUAGCGUAAAGUCCAAUAAAAUAUUUUUAAGAA